GUUUGCUUAAUGGAAACUGCGAUGCAAGGAAAGACUACCUAAACAUCGCCCACUACGCUAUCACGUUUGAGAAACGAUAAACCUUCCAUAAUGACGCCAAUUUAGAUUUAUAGCGGGUGAUAUUUUCUGCUGACUAAUAGGUUAUUAUUUUUAAUUGAUUUCAAUAUUCCUAAUCGUUUUCUAUUGCUAUUCUUUUCUUAAAAGGUUAAUGUUACCAGCUUUAAUAUUUGAAUAGAAUACAGAUUUUUAAAAUAAUUGAAGAUAUCAUAAAACGUAGAACAGCCACGGAAUCAGAAUCAGACGUGAGCAUAAAAUGAACAUCAAAUGCGAAGAAGAAAUUAAUUUGAAUAUAAAUAACACAGUGUAUUUAAAUAAGUUAUCAAACAGACAAUUCUUUCCACCCGCAGUGCAAGUGGUUGUUACAAUAUGUUAUGUUUCUUUAUAUACAGUAAAUUUAGUUGGUAAUGUUUCCAUAUGGAUGGCUAUACGUUCUCGAAAGACACUUCAAACACCAAUGAAUUAUCUUCUGCUAAACUUAUCACUCGCGCAUAUCAUUUCAGGAAGUAACAUUAUCUUCUUUGCUUUUGUAACAGACACAGGCUCGUUGGCUAAUUCACAAACUAGCCUGAACGCUCUAUGUAGUUACACCGAAGGUUUAUGCGUCUACUUCAUCAGUGCUGGUGUUUAUUUGUUUACGUUGUGCGCGAUUAGUGUCAACAGAUAUGUUGUCAUUAAGUAUCCAACACGUCACGAACUUCGUAUGAAAAAGAAAGGGAUUAUCAUAUACAGUUUUUUAGCAUGGCUUUUAUGUAUUGGUUUCAUUAUUCCUUCCAUUAUUUCAUUUCGCUAUGACAGACACAUUAAAUUGUGUGAACGCAAUUGGAGAUAUAUUAGUCAUCCACUUGUUUACAGGAUAUCAAUUCUCCUAAUUUCUAUUUUCCUGCCGUUAACAUGUCUUAUUAUUUCAUUUGGUGCAAUCUUGUGGAAACGUUUUCAUAAUGCUGAUCUGUUAAAUAACUGUGCAGUCAGAAACAAAAAUUUACAGAGGGCAGAGAAACUUUUAGGCAUAUCUUUAUUUACAUUUUUAUUAACUUGGUUUCCAUUUUUUCUUUACUGGUUUCUACGGACUUUUAAUUACUUCCAUGGUUGUGAUGGUUCUGUAAGUGCAAUGAAAUGGUCUCGCAUUACAUUAUUGUUUUCAACAAUAAAUGGGGCAAUAGACCCUAUCAUAUAUACUGUCGGAAAUCAUAAUCUAAAAAUGGCUAUUUCGUACCAGAUGGGAAAGCUUUUUCCUAUCAUUAGGCAAAGACGAGAGAAUAAUAAUGUGCAAGAAAACGUAAAUGGACAAUGUGGUAAAACAGAAUCUGUAUCAAUGACGUAGAUCCGAUUGACUCCUUAUCUUUGUUUAAGUUUAACCUUAAACUGAUGUAAAGAAGAGAUGUGUCUCCGAAUAAAGGCAAGCUUAAAGCUAUAACUUUGUCGUUAGGGUUAUAUUUAAUAUCAAAUAUGUAAGGUAUAAUGUAUGAGAUUUUACCCAAAGAAAAAAUAAAUUCUUUAU